AUGGCGACAAAGCGAGAAGCACGUGAUAAACAAGCCAAGGCGAUAGACAAGACAAAAGAAGGGACAAAGGCCGUUGCACCAAAAGAACUAAUCCGAGAGCUCGCACGAGUUACAGCUGUGAAUGAGCCGAGCACGCCAACUAAGGUGGAUGACCACCAUUGUACUUGGAGAGACGUGUUACUCAAUGGAAUAAAUAAGAGAAAGGACUUGCAGAAGUUGUGGGAUAUUGUUCAAGACGGCUACACCGAACCUGCCUCCCAAGAAGCCGAAGAUGCUCUGACGAACAACCAAAAGAAUGCCCUCAGAGACGCAAGAAAACGAGACAAGAAGGCGUUGUUCAAUAUCUAUCAAGGUAUUGAUGAAACUACGUUUGAGAAAGUAAGUGCAGCCACCACGUCAAAACAAGCCUGGGAGAUUUUAAAGAAUUCUUUCACCGGCGUUGAUAAGGCGAUACGAGUUCGACUGCAGAUCCUACGUGGCGAGUUUGAAAGUUUAGCCAUGUCUGAAAUGGAGAGCAUUUCAGACUAUUUCACAAGAACAUUAGUUAUUGUGAAUCAAAUGAAACGGCAAGGAGAGAUAAUUGAAGAUGUUCGUGUCAUUGAGAAAAUUCUUCGUUCCUUGACGUCAAAAUUUGAGCACGUCGUUGCGGCAAUCGAAGAAUCAAAAGAUCUCAACACUAUGUCAAUCGACCAGUUGCAAAGCAGCUUGGAAGUCCACGAGCAACGCAUGAAGAAAAAGACCACUCUGUCACUUGAGCAGAUGCAAAAAGCGAAGAUGUCAAUACAAGAAGACAAGAAGUUUGAGCCUAGGACAUCACGUGGCGAAUACAACCGAGGUCGAGACUAUCGUGGCCGAGGAGGACGCAGCCAGAAUUACCAAUAUGGAGGAGGACGUAGCCAAAAUUAUCAAAAUCAAGGAGGACGAGGUCAGAAUUAUCAAAAUGAGAGAGGACGCCAAUAUUCCACCUAUCGAGCCAGAGGUCGAAAUUCUUAUGGACAACGAGGACGGGGAAGAGGUCAAUACAGAGGCGGUUAUUCUCAAACCUACAAUCAACCAGGGUUUGAUAAAGCAAAUGUUGAGUGCUAUACUUGUCACGAAUUCAGGCAUUACAGCUAUGAAUGUCCAACAGCCAGAAAUACCAGGUCCAACCAACAAGUCCAUUAUGUCGAUGGUAGAGACAAUAAUGAGCAGUGCGGGAACAAGGAACUCUUCGUGGAGCUGAAGGAGACAUCUUAUGGGGAUGUUACUUUUGGAGAUUCCUCCAAAGUAGCGGUGCAAGGAAAAGGUAAUAUCUUGAUUAAGUUGAAGAAUGGAAAUCAUGGUUUUAUAUAUGACGUCUAUUGUGUGCCUGCCAUGAAGAGCAAUAUUUUGAGUCUUGGUCAAUUGAUGGAGAAAUGA